AUGGAACGAAAAAUUUUAGUAAUCGGCUGUGGCGGUCUUGGAUGUGAAUUGGCAAAGCUAUUGGCCAUGGACCCUUCAAACAAGCUAACAUUCGUCGAUGACGACACCAUUGAUUCCACAAAUCUGAACAGGCAAUUUCUCUUUACAAGGACGGAUAUUGGAAAAAGUAAGGCACAAGUUCUACGUGAAAAGAUAAAGACAGGAAAACGAGCAGAAUACAUAUUUGGAAAAAUAAACCAGUUCAGAAAGCUUGAAUUUUACAAACAGUUCGACAUAGUCUACAACUGUCUCGAUAAUGACGAAACCAGAUCAUUCGUAAAUCAGAGAUGCCAUGCAGCAGGUGUGCAAAUGGUAGAUGGUGGAUCUGCUGGCUGGCUGGGCCAGUCAUUCUAUAAUGGAAAAGAGUGCUUUGAUUGUCUUCCAAAACGAAGAGAAAAGGUAUAUCCGGUGUGCACUAUCAGACAAAGGCCAAAAAACUUCGAACAUUGUCUGGUUUGGGCCAGAACAGUUGUUGAGGGGAAAAAUAAGGAGUUUCUACAUGAAGAAAUACAAGCAUAUAAUGCAAUUGAGUCAAGCAAUGAAGACCUGGCCAAAGAGGUAACACCAGAGGACGAGGCUAAAGAUGAAAGCAUUGUCAAUAUUAGCUCAAGUGAAGAGAUAGUUUUGGAAGACGAGCAGGAAAAUUCAUCAACUAAUUUACAAUCUGAACAUAUUAAAAAAGUAAAGAUCAGCGAGGAUAAGUUUAGGUUUCCUAGUAUGCAUAUAAAUUUAUAUGAAAGAUUGGAGGAUGAGACUGAGAAUUCCGCCGCUUUAAUCUAUGACAUAGCAGUCAUCAGAGCAAGAAGAUUCUCAAUAAAACGCAUGUCUUUUAUUGAUUCGCAAACCUUCCUUAACAGGAUCGUCCCCUCUAUCUGCACAACAAACUCCAUCAUUGCAUCCCUAAUGCUUCUUUCUGCAAGGCAGGAGAGAAACUUUUAUCUUGUUCAGGGCUCAUUAUGCAUUUUAAGACGGAACUAA